GGGAAGAGGGAGGAGGGCGGGAGGGAGAGUGGAGGCCCGGGGGCGGCUUGGGUGUCACCACCAACCCGCUCCGGCCGGAAACUGGCGCUUGUUUCCGGCCGGACGGCUGAAAGCCAGCGAUCCUGAACCAGCCGCCGGAGUCGGAGUGGGCGACCGGGUUCCGUGGAGCAGGCAAAAAGACAAAAAAAAAAAAAAAGAGAGAGAGAGAGAGAGAAAAGAUCCACGGGGAGGCCAGUCCCGAUCAGUCCCGCCUAGCUCCGGCUCAGAUCCUGUGUGGAGCGCCUGCCGCGGUCUCAGUGUCCGCCACCACCUCCACCUCCAUCGUCGUCGGGGGAGGGGCCGGCCGGACCCCUGGGUCACUGCCGCGGAAUGAGGAGAGGCGGCCGGGCCCCGCUCUCCGCCCUGGCCUAGGGCCUGGCCCCGAGAGUCGCGAGGGUAGGGGCCUGAAUUUUGAUCUAUGUCCUGCCUACAUCCAGCUGCCUGAAAGUACUUGAUGAUCACAUGACCCUGGACAUGGAUGCUGUUCUGUCAGAUUUUGUCCGUUCAACAGGAGCAGAGCCAGGGCUUGCCCGAGAUCUUCUGGAAGGAAAGAAUUGGGAUGUGAGUGCUGCCCUCAGUGAUUUUGAGCAGCUGCGGCAAGUCCAUGCUGAGAACCUGUCCCCACCCUUUAGUGGAGGGAGUAGCGGCCCCAAGUCUCCUGAAAGAGGAUGUUCUGAUAGAGAGUCCACCCGCCCUCCCCGACCCAUCCUCCAGCGGCAGGAUGACAUCGUUCAAGAAAAACGCCUGUCUAGGGGCAUCUCUCACGCGAGCUCCAGCAUUGUUUCCCUGGCCCGGUCCCAUGUCUCCUCCAAUGGUGGGGGUGGGGGGAGCAAUGAGCACCCCCUGGAAACGCCCAUCUGUGCCUUCCAGCUUCCAGAUCUCACUGUGUACAAUGAAGACUUCCGUAGCUUCAUAGAGAGAGACCUCAUUGAGCAGUCCAUGCUGGUUGCCUUGGAACAGGCAGGGCGUUUGAACUGGUGGGUUAGUGUGGACCCUACCUGUCAGAGGCUGCUUCCUUUGGCAACUACUGGUGAUGGGAACUGCCUCCUGCAUGCAGCCUCUCUUGGGAUGUGGGGUUUCCACGAUCGGGACUUGAUGCUGAGGAAAGCUUUAUAUGCACUGAUGGAGAAGGGAGUGGAGAAGGAAGCGCUGAAAAGACGCUGGAGAUGGCAGCAAACACAGCAGAAUAAAGAGUCAGGACUGGUAUACACAGAGGACGAAUGGCAAAAGGAAUGGAAUGAACUGAUAAAGCUUGCUUCAAGUGAACCUCGAAUGCAUCUAGGUACCAACGGAGCCAAUGGUGGCGGGGUAGAGAGUUCCGAGGAGCCUGUAUAUGAGAGCCUAGAAGAGUUCCACGUCUUUGUUCUUGCUCAUGUGCUUCGGAGACCCAUAGUGGUCGUGGCAGACACCAUGCUGAGGGAUUCUGGUGGGGAAGCAUUUGCCCCCAUUCCCUUUGGAGGAAUCUACCUCCCCUUGGAAGCUCCCGCCAGCCAAUGUCACCGAUCCCCUCUGGUGCUUGCCUACGAUCAGGCCCACUUUUCUGCACUUGUGUCCAUGGAGCAGAAGGAGAAUGCCAAGGAACAAGCUGUAAUCCCACUCACAGAUUCGGAGCAUAAGCUGCUUCCCUUGCACUUUGCUGUGGACCCAGGCAAGGCCUGGGAGUGGGGAAAAGAUGACAAUGACAAUGUCCGAUUGGCCAGUGUAAUUCUGUCUCUGGAGGUAAAAUUGCAUCUGCUACAUAGCUACAUGAAUGUGAAGUGGAUCCCUGUCUCCUCUGAUGCACAGGCUCCUCUGGCCCAGCCUGAGUCCCCCACAGCCUCAGCUGGAGAUGAGCCCCGAUCCACUCCCGAGUCUGGUGAAUCAGACAAGGAGUCAGUAGGCAGUGGUUCUACCGGCAAUGAGGGCAGCAAGCGGAAGGACAAGUCAAAGCGAGACCGGGAGAAGGACAAGAAGAGAGCCGAUUCUGUGGCUAACAAACUGGGAAGCUUUGGCAAAACCUUGGGCAGCAAGCUGAAGAAGAACAUGGGAGGCCUGAUGCACAGCAAGGGCUCUAAGCCUGGAGGGGUGGGGAGCGGGUCGGGAAUAAGCAGUGGCACUGAAACACUGGAGAAAAAGAAGAAAAACUCACUGAAGAGCUGGAAGGGUGGCAAGGAGGAGGCAGCUGGGGAUGGGCCUCUGUCGGAGAAGCUCACAUCUGAGUCAAUUGGGAAUGGAGGGAGCAAGUAUAGCCAGGAGGUUAUGCAAAGCCUGAGCAUUAUGCGGAUUGCAAUGCAAGGGGAGGGAAAGUUUAUUUUUGUUGGAACCCUGAAGAUGGGUCACCGCCACCAAUAUCAGGAGGAAAUGAUCCAGCGCUACCUUUCUGAUGCCGAGGAGAGGUUCCUGGCAGAGCAGAAGCAGAAAGAGGCAGAGAGGAAGAUCAUGAAUGGAGGGUUAGGUAGCGGGCCUCCUCCAGCCAAAAAACCAGAGCCAGAUGGUGGGGAGGAGCAGCUGACUGCCCCCUCAGAGUCCAAGGCAAUGGCAUUCUCUACUGGCUACCCUGGGGGCUUCACUAUCCCUCGCCCUUCUGGGGGUGGAGUCCACUGCCAGGAACCCAGGAGGCAGUUGGCAGGGGGUCCAUGUGGGGGAGGCCUUCCACCCUAUGCCACCUUCCCCAGACAGUGCCCUCCUGGGCGACCCUAUGCCCACCAGGACAACAUCUCUUCUCUGGAGCCAGGCAAGGAUGGAGUUCACAGGGGUGCAUUGCUACCACCCCCCUUCCGCGUGGCUGAUUCCUAUAGCAACGGCUACAGAGAGCCCCCUGAGCCAGAUGGAUGGUCUGGAGGUCCCCGGGGGCUUCCCCCAACCCAGACCAAAUGUAAACAACCGAGCUGCAGCUUCUACGGACACCCUGAGACAAACAACUUCUGCUCUUGCUGUUACAGGGAAGAACUGAGAAGGAGGGAGCGUGAGCCCAGCGGGGAGCUGCUGGUGCACAGGUUCUGAAUGGGUAGAACCUUGGAGGGCAAGGGGCUUAACAAAGAAAGUUCAGCUCAACUCAUUGGCUUAUCAAGACCCAGCCCCGGUGUUGAUGGGGCAAAUGCAGAAAUGUAUGUGGAAGCCUGGUUGGAAACUUUUACACGUGUGUGCGCUGGAGUGCUGCCAGACUGGCAAGAGCAGGACAGGGCUGGAUGGUGCCCAAAGGGCUGUACUAUUCCUUUGCAGAGCUGGACUUAAUGGGACUAAGGAGAUACAACGAUGGAGAGAUGUUGGUUCUCUUAACCCUUUGGGUCCCAUCCCAGAACCUAAGGGAAAGUAGUAAGGGAAUGUUUGGUGUGUGUGGGUGGGAGGUGGGCAGAUAUCUUGGGGAAGAACAGGUAAAGGAGGCUCAGUGGAUUAAAGAGAAAAAAAUUAUAAGCAGACCAAAGUUCUUUUAGGUUGG